UUUCUGAAAUCACUAUCUAUACAAUGUUUAUAAGAACAUUGCUUGAGACAGUUAGACAGCAAAAUAAGUAAAGAUGGCAACCACCGUGGAUUCGGUUAGGGAAAAAGCCCUUCAAGAUUAUAGAAAAAAGCUUAUAGAACAUAAAGAAGUAGAAUCACGUUUAAAGGAAAUGAGAGAACAUCUUAAAGACUUAACGAAACAAUAUGAUAAAUCUGAGAGUGAUUUGAAAGCUUUACAAAGUGUUGGACAGAUUGUUGGAGAAGUAUUAAAGCAACUUACUGAAGAAAAAUUUAUAGUAAAAGCAACAAAUGGUCCACGUUAUGUUGUUGGAUGUCGACGUCAACUUGACAAAAAUAAGUUGAAAUCUGGGACAAGAGUAGCUCUUGAUAUGACUACUCUUACUAUAAUGCGUUAUUUGCCUCGUGAGGUUGAUCCAUUGGUUUAUAACAUGUCACAUGAAGAUCCUGGUGAUGUUACAUAUAGUGCAAUUGGUGGUCUAAGUGAACAAAUACGAGAGCUAAGAGAAGUUAUAGAAUUACCAUUAUUAAAUCCUGAAUUGUUUCAAAGAGUUGGUAUAACUCCUCCCAAAGGAUGUCUCUUAUAUGGACCACCAGGAACUGGAAAAACAUUAUUAGCAAGAGCAGUUGCUAGUCAAUUAGAUGCAAAUUUUUUAAAAGUUGUAUCAAGUGCUAUUGUUGAUAAAUAUAUUGGUGAAUCAGCAAGAUUGAUUAGAGAAAUGUUUAAUUAUGCACGAGAUCAUCAACCAUGUAUCAUAUUUAUGGAUGAAAUUGAUGCAAUUGGUGGGCGUAGAUUUUCAGAAGGUACAAGUGCUGAUCGAGAAAUUCAAAGAACUUUAAUGGAAUUGUUAAAUCAAAUGGAUGGUUUUGAUUCUUUAGGCCAAGUUAAAAUGAUAAUGGCUACAAAUAGACCAGAUACUUUGGAUCCAGCUUUAUUAAGGCCAGGUAGAUUAGAUAGAAAAAUUGAAAUCCCAUUGCCUAAUGAACAAGCACGUCUAGAAAUUUUAAAAAUUCAUGCUGGUCCUAUAUCUAAGCAUGGAGAAAUUGAUUAUGAAGCAGUAGUUAAACUUUCGGAUGGAUUUAAUGGUGCUGAUUUAAGAAAUGUUUGCACUGAAGCAGGAUUAUUUGCAAUAAGAUUAGAAAGAGAGUAUGUAAUACAGGAAGAUUUUAUGAAGGCAGUAAGGAAAGUUUCGGAUAAUAAGAAACUUGAAUCUAAAUUAGAUUAUAAACCCGUUUAAAAUUAAUAUAUAUCAAUUAUAUAUAAACAUAUAUUUAAAAUUUAAUUCAUUUAUUAAACAAUAAUAUGAGAAUUAAUAAACCGACUUAUUUUAUUGUAAUACUAUUUGUAUUUUAUAAAGAAAAUAUAAAAUUCCUAUUAAAUAUAUAUUUAAAAUAA